AAGGUAAGAUCUUCUUCUUCUUCUCUCUGCUUCUCUCUGCUUCUCUCGGAAGGUUUUAGUAGCGAAGAACAAAGAGCUCGAAAUUUUGAUUUCCGAGUCCAGAUUGAAUCAGUGAUAAUGGACAGUGAGACGAAACCAACCUUCAGCAAAUCUACAGGGCUACCUAGGAAACGGUUCUACAGAGCAAGAGCUCAUAGUAACCCACUUAGCGAUUCUCACUUCCCGAUUCCGGUUUCUCCAGCUCAUGAGGACUUUUCACUUCACUUCCCUAAAUUCGUCGAAGCUGACAACAAAAUCUCCAAGAAGGUUGAGUUUGCUGAUAUUGGAUGCGGGUUUGGUGGCCUUCUAAUUUCACUCGCGACGCUCUUCCCUGAUACGCUAAUGAUCGGUAUGGAGUUGAGAGACAAAGUGACUGAAUACGUUAAGGAACGGAUCUUAGCCUUGAGGAGAACAAGCUCGGAGGAGGGACAGUAUGAGAACAUCUCGGUUGUUAGGACAAACUCGAUGAAGUACAUUCCGAAUUACUUUGAAAAAGGACAGCUUUCGAAGAUGUUUUUCCUCUUCCCUGAUCCACAUUUCAAGGAGAAGAAUCACAGGAGGAGAGUGAUUAGCACUCAUUUGCUUGAUGAGUAUGCUUAUGUUCUUAGAGCUGGUGGGAUUAUUUACACAAUCACUGAUGUGGAAGAGCUUGGAGAGUGGAUGAAGGCUUGCCUUGAGAAACAUCCCAUGUUUGAGUCUCUUACACAAGAGGAGAUUGAUUCGGAUCCUGUCGUCGAGCUUCUGUGCAGUGCUACCGAGGAAGGACAGAAAGUUGCCAGAAAUGGAGGGCAGACUUUCAGAGCAAUAUUUAGACGCAUUGCAUAUGUUUCUUGAUUUCAGUCUCUUUUUGUAGUAAUUUUAUUGUUGUAACAAAAGCUUCUUUCUUAAUUUGAAGAUUUUGGGAUAGUGUUUACAGAAAGUUAUGGUGCGUUGAGGACCAACAGGUUGGAGAUUUAUGAUAGUAUCUUAUUGUCAA